UGUUCGUGGGCGAGCACACAGAAGCGUGCCCUGCAAAUAGGACAUACCACGGCUGGGCUAAAACAAUAACAUGCACACACAACAGCCCUUUUCGAAUAAGACUGUCUUAAAUCCCUGUCCUGCAAGAGCAGAAUAUUCCGUAUCCGUGUCUCCUUCCUGGCUUUGGAGUCGAAAGACCACGAAAUAAAUUCAGGUGUCUCAAUCAGUUGAACCGACUGCUCGUUAAAUGACGUUGGUAUAAUACAUCCAAUAGCAGGCUUUAUGAAUCUAGUAUUCGCAGAGCAACACCAGAAUUGAUCUUGUCUGUAGCAGGGAGACAUGGAUGAAGUGGUUCAUUUCAAACCGUUCACGGACAAGCUGCACGCCUAUGACCAAAUGUACAGUUAUGAGAGACGGCUGCAAACCUUCACCGACUGGCCUUUUCUGGAAGACUGCAAAUGCACUCCUGAGCAGAUGGCCAAGGCGGGGUUUGUCCACUGUCCCAGUGAGAACGAGCCAGACGUGGCCUGCUGUUUCUUCUGCCUGAAGGAACUGGAAGGGUGGGAACCCACAGACGACCCCUGGUCUGAGCAUGCCAAGCGCUCCCCAAACUGUGGGUUCCUGGCCCUGGACAAGGAUGUGGGGGACCUCACAGUGAAGGAGUACUUCAAGCUGGAGCAGGAGCGACUGUGCAUCUGUAUUAGGAAAGCUACCAACCAGAAGAUUGCUCACUUCCGUGACGCUGUGGACAGCACCUGCAGUGAACUUGAGCUGCUGUUUAAGAUCAAGCCUGGACAGUUUUCUAAUAUGAGAAACUAAAACCAGGAUUUCAGAUCCCUCCAGGACCCCUGUAGUUUGUUAUAGCUAUUGUCUAUUUCUUAUUUUUUUAAAUGUUAUUAAUAAUAAACCUACAAAUGGUCUUUCACAA